AUGGCGAAGGGGAAAGGCAAUAUCACAACAAAUUUCAAAUUUAACAGUGUGUUCACCUUUAUCGUCCUUAGGGGUUUUCAAUUUGGAAUUCAGAAAAAUUUCCGACAAAUUUCGGAGGAGCUAAUCGAUGACUUCUGUCAUUGUGCGAAGCCUACUGUGCGAAAGACGUCAUGGGUUGAUGGUAAUGCAGGGUGGAGGUACUCAGCGUGCGAGAAAUACCGGAUGUUGGGUGGGUGCACAUACCAUAAUUUGGAGUGUGGUUCUAGAGAACUGGAAAAGAAUUCUUUGGAAAGUUGGGUAGAUUUAAUGUUGCAUUAUGACAGGGAGAAACUCUGCAGCUUUUGGGUCAAUUCCUCAUCUUGUCCAACACAACUGGGGGUCCCCAUAGAACCCUAA